GCCCAUACUGAAAAAGAAGACUACUGGGACUCUGUACUUUGGAGUGAUGAGAUCACAAUAAAUGUUUUUGGAACUGAUGGCUUCAAAACUGUAUGGCGUCGCAAAGAAGAGUACAAAGAAAAAUGCAUGGUGCUUACAGUGAAACAUGGUGGUGUCCUAUGGGGCUGCAUGAGCGCUGCUGGUGUCAGGGAGCUGAAUUUCAUUGAUUGUGUCAUGAAUUCACAGAUGUACCUCUUUAUAAUGACUGAGAAGUUUUCCAACAUGACAAUGAUCCAAAACACACUU